AUGAAGGUUACCAAUAUUGCUCUGGCUGGUGCUGCCAUUGGUCUUUCCAAUGCUGGCCCAGUCGCCAAGCGUGCGAUUAGUGAUGCUGAUAUCCUUAACUACGCAUUGACUCUUGAGCACCUCGAAGCCUCCUUCUACGAGGAGGGUCUCAAGAACUAUACCAAGGAGGACUUCAUGAAUGCCGGACUCAAUGUUACCUUCUAUGCCAAUCUUGAAGAGAUCGCAUCUGAUGAGAAGUCUCACGAAACAUUCUUGACCGGAGCUCUGAGUGGUAAGGAUACAUCCACCUAUAACCAAAAGUAUAACAAUAACCAAAUCAUCCCAGCUGCCGGCGCAUCCCCCGUUGCCCGCUGCAACUACACCUUCCCCUCAACUGACGUCAAGAGCUUCCUCGCCCUUGCUAGCGUGUUGGAAGGUGUUGGAGUCAGCGCCUACCUCGGCGCCGCCGGCAGCAUCAUGAAUGCCACCUACCUCGGAGCAGCAGGAAGUAUCCUCACCGUCGAAGCACGACACAGCGCAUACCUCCGUGCCGCGCUCGCCGAAUCACCAUCCCCCCAGGCCUUCGACAACCCACUCGACUUCAACGAGGUGUAUACCGUUGCCUCGCCGUUCAUUUCCUCCUGCCCAUCCAGCAAUGGCGCCCUGCCCGUUAAGGCCUUCCCAAGCCUAACCAUGAGCUCUACAAGCGCCGUGAUGACCGGCUCAACUGUGCAGCUGAUGACUGGCCGCGGCUUCAACAUGUCUAACACAGAUGAUAUCUACGCUGCCUUCAUCACUGUCACUGGUCCUGUUUGGGCUACUUUGAAGUCAAACAGAAAGGGCAUGUUCACCGUGACCAUUCCUAAGGGAAUUGCUGGACAGAGCUACGUUGUGCUCACGAAGGGAAAUAAGGCGGCGACAGAUGACAACAUUGUCGCGGGUCCUGCUAUUGUCGAGGUUGGUUUGAUGAUGGGAGGUAUGGGAGGUAGCAUGACUACAUCCUGGCCUAUGACUGGGACGAUGAUGCCUACCGGUUCAAUGGGUGCUUCAGCGACCGCUUCGACUUUACCAAGUCAGACACCGUUCAACGCUGCUGUUUCAUCGGGCAAGGGCGAUCUGUUUGGUGUUUUGGGUGCUGCUUUCAUUGCUAUGGCUGCGCUUUUCUAG